GCUCCAAUCCCCUGAAUCAAAAACCAUUUUAUUAUUAUUCUUUACAACCCUUUCUUCACGUUCCUUCUUAACUACGAAAAACCUACACUUUCUUUCUUCUUCUUCUUCUUCUUUCUAGUCUCAAUUGCUCCGAUUCAGAAUCUUCAAAUGCUUCAUUGAACUACUCAAUUUUCACCGCAUUGCAUCGUUUUCAAUGGAAGAAUCUUCUUCUUACACUGGUCUUCCUACUAGCCACUUACUCGGUUCAGUUCCCGCUGUCAUAGUUGAAGGAGAAAAGACUACGAAACAUGUGGACCCUGAAGCAAAUAUGCAAAUAUUCCCUCCCGCCGCCAACGGAGGAGACAGAGGACGGGGAGGAUAUCAAACUGUUGGCACUCCUACUGAAGCAUUUGAACAACAGCCAACAAACAACUGGAGGGGGUUCUUUAGCGUCUCAUCUUACUCGCAGUAUUUUGAUGUAGAUACAGAUGCUGUUAUGACCAGAUUGAUAAGUUCCUUCAAUCCAGUUGGUGGAGACUUCUUCAGCAAGAUAGAUGCUAACCCUGAUUUAUAUGGGCUUAUAUGGAUCUCAACGACAUUGGUCUUUGUACUUGCCUCACUUGGAAAUCUUGCCACAUUCCUUAUGCAACAACAUGCAGAUAGCGCUACCUCAUGGAGCUUUGAUGUUAGCUAUAUGAAUACGGCUGCAUGGUCUAUCUAUGGUUAUGCAAUAGUGGUCCCAAUGGCAUACUACUUCUUCCUUCAGUACAUGGGUUCAAAUGCCAACCUUGUAAGGUUUUGGUGCAUGUGGGGAUAUUCCCUCUCCAUUUUCAUAAUCUCUUCAUUUUUGUUGAUAAUUCCAGUUGAGAUUCUGCGGUGGUUCAUAACACUCAUUACUGGUGUUGCGUCAGCUAGCUUUGUUGCCUUAAACUUGAGGUCUUACAUAGAAGGCAAUGACAUUUCAGUGGCGAUCAUGGCCGCAUUUUUCUUGCAAAUAGGUCUGGCAGUCUUCAUCAAGGUUUGGUUCUUUGCAUAGAAAAAUGCAUAGCAACAGUGAAGAAUUAGUCCCAACCAUACCAUUGAUAGUUGGCUCCAUCGGCUACCUUUGUUCAAGACGUGAAUGGAGUCUAUGCAUCAAAUUUGGUUUGUUUUUGUGGAUUUACUAGAAUGGAAUUGGAGAGAGUUGCAGAGUAAUGUGAUUUCUGUAUCAGCUUGGUCUGUGUUCGUAUCAUUUUGGCAUGUUGCUUUGUGAAGACCAUUAUUUUGGAAGUGAAAGAAAACAAUCAUUGAGUGUAAAAUUUAAGUCUAAAUGUCUGAGUUUCUUGCAUAUCUGUGUAAAUAUACCAUUUCAAGUAAAUUUCCUUUUUUAGUUGAAAUUCAAGUAUUCAUA